AUGAAAUCGAUCAUUCGACCAAUCAAGCUCAUUGAUGAUGACAUGAAUAUGGAAGGCUCGAAGUUGGACCAAUUGGCACAGGGAUAUCACUGGAAGGCACUCAAGAAUCUGCUAUCGAGCGAUCCAGUGCUGCAGAUUAUAAAGCCCAAGCUGAUCGGAGAAAUUCAAGGUCCGAUUUCCCCGCCGAAGGUGACGACAAACCCGUUGGACGGGAUCAAUGCGAUCAUUCAGCUACUACAUGACGCUGGAUAUGUCGCCGGAGUGUUCGAUGCGAACAAACUGUUGGAGUGCGAUCAAGAUCAGGUGAUUCACACGUGUUGA